GUUGGUCGCUAUUUUUAUAAAAAAAAAUUAAAUAGUACUCGUAUUGGAAAAAAAAAUCCUAUAUUGUCCGGCCUUAGGAAAAAAAGGACUGUGCAUAGUGGAGUCACCAGAGUAGGGGUAAGCAUUAAGCAGUGACGGAAUGAAUUCUGGAUCUGGAGCAGUGUUACGCUACGGUGAUGGAAUAGCCGAAGAAUCGGCGGCGACAUCAUCCGAUCCAGAGAUGGCGAGUUGGAUCAAGAUCCAAGAUUCUCUAAAGAAGAGAUUGAUCACGGGGGAUGAUUUCGAUUGGACACCGCCGAGAAGCAAUCCGCCGUCGACGGCGGCGGAACAUACCAGCGAACCACCAGAGGAAGAAGUAGAAGGAUCAGGAGCGGAGCAAUUGAGGUACGUCGGUGGGUUUGACGUGAGCUACUCCAAAGAAGAUCCGUCAAUGGCUUGUGGUAUUCUCGUGGUUUUAGAUCUCCGAAACCUGCAAGUUGUGUAUGAGGACUUCUGCAUCGUUGACCUUCGAGUUCCUUAUGUACCUGGGUUUCUUGCCUUUCGGGAGGCCCCAAUAAUCCUGCAGUUGCUUGAGAAGAUGAAGAAGAGUGACAUUAGGUUAUACCCUCAGUUACUGAUGGUUGACGGCAAUGGGUUGCUUCAUCCAAGAGGCAAGUCCUUUUUUCCUAUCUUUCUCCCCACUGAAUCUCAUCGGAAUUCUCAUGGCUUGUCAUAUGCUGAAAGAAAAAAAAUCGAAAGGAUUGCAUAAUCCCGAUUCUCCUAAUGCUGAAGGAACAUGGACAAAACGUAGCUGGUGUGUGACGACUAAUGUUUUAGCACUUGAUUCAGUAGCAGGGAAAUGAAUAAUGUUCAGUGACGCGGAGUAUCUCCUGUGAAAUUUGCGCUCGUGAAUAAUACUUCUGUUCGGCUGGCUACAAAACUGUCUCUAGGUUUCGGCUCAGCUUGCCAUGUGGGAGUUCUGGCUGAUCUACCAACCAUUGGUAUUGGGAAGAAUGUAACUCCCUGCUUGUUGAUUUGCUGCACUCCCUUGAAAUGCUCAACUCUUAAUAAAGCGUCACAUUUGAUUUGAGCUGGCUUUUCUUUUAACGGAAGUUCUAUUUUGUGAAUAUUUCCAGCUGCACCAUGUUGAUGGGCUUACCCUAUCUGGAGUGAGACAAUUACUUCAAGCUGAAGAGAACAACGACAGGGACUACAUUACUCUAAGUGGAUACUCUGGAUGUACUUGGGGAGUGGCAAUGAGAUCUUCAGCUGGCGCUAUGAAGCCAAUCUUCAUUUCAGUUGGCCAUCGCAUUUCCCUUGAAACUGCAGUCAAGAUCGUCAAAUUGACUUGCAAGUACCGCAUGCCAGAACCUAUACGACAGGCUGAUAUAAGAUCGAGGGCGCACCUAAGGAAGCAAGACUGAUUGGAACAUUGGGAUAUGGCAGUUGUAUAGAUUUGGUUAGGUGCAGCAUUCUUAUGGGUUUCGGUGUAUCUUGAUCGCCUAUAACAUACACUCUCGGUGCUUGAGACAGACUAUUCCACCCCUCUUUUUUGGAUGGCAUACAUCUGUAGAUGGUUGGGACUGGAGAAGCGAGAGCCAACAACUAACAAGAGCGCAUAACAUAUCAUUCACAGUUCUUGACCAAAAAUGAUUUUAAGGAUCCAUUUGCUGAUUUUCUUAAAGUUCAUAGAACUCUUUUGCAUUGCAUUUUCCAAACUUAAAAUUGAAAUCGUGAAGUGAAUUAAUCUGAAUUUUGGUCUGGACAACUAAGUGCGCAGUGAAAGAAGAGGCGGGAGUUGGACUAUAUGAAAUGGCUUUUGAUGACGCCUCUUGCAAGAUCAGGUGGCACAGGACGGAGAACUAGGGCUCCUACACCCAUUAGCUCUCCAAUGCCCAGGUGGACAUUUGCUUAGUACAAUCGAGAAAACCAUGAGCAAGUAUCUACACAU